AUGAAAGUAAUACCUCUUUUAGUGUUGUGUUGGGUAACAUGUUUGGGAGAGACGGUAGUUAGAGGAAAAUACUUUGCCUUAUGGGGAAACAAAGAAGACAACUCAAUGGAUCCUACUGACUUCUCAGUCUAUUAUGACUUAAAAACUAAUGAGACGAUUCGAAAGAUGCUGCCCAGGCCCUGGUAUAAACCUGGAUGGUUCAUACGAUUGCCUUUUAGGGGUGGCCCGUGUGAAUGCGAAGGUUUGCGAUGUAGCUGUUGUACUGGAAUUAGAAUCCAGACGUUCAAUUAUGAUAGACGCACAUGUGCCCUAAUAACAUACGAACCAGAAGAUUCUAUCUUCGUGAUGGAAGUAAAUAUGAACAAUGCAAGUGUGUUUCAAAGGACAUUCUCAGCCCGAAAUGCGCCACCCUUCUGCCUUCCAAUACCAGUGCCCUAUUUACCUCCCGGUCUUAUGGACAUGUGCAUACGACUUUACGACAUUUCUAUUGUAGAUCAAAAGUUCCACGUCUGUAUGGAUAUGGAUACUAGAAUCGAUAAAGCUCCGGUGUUGAUUUUGCACUGGGAUUGCAUGGAUAUGGGUGCCGGGGGAGUUGGUUUAUCAAAACCAGGAGGAAACAAUAAUACAGCGUCAAUGUCUUCUACUCUGGAAUCCACGACAUCCGAACCGACUCAAGUGGACAGUGAUAUCUAUGACCCAGUUAUUCAGGAUCGAGAGACUACACCGAAUGGCUUGUUUAAAAAUAGUAUUAAAUAUAUUUGA